GCCGCAGCCGCAGAACAAAGCUAAAUCUGGAGAUAGCCUAGUUGUCUUAAAAGUACAAGCACAUGUACCUGAAGAGCACACAAAAGAACAGGAGAACACCAAGGAUACAUGUGAACCUAGCGAAACUCCAAGUGAACAGAGGAAAACCGAACCGUCAAUGGAUGUGAAGAACACCAGUUCAUCUGCUAUACCUCCGUCUCAACCCAAAGAAACACAAGAAGCACGUAACAGGUCAAAAACAUUUGCAAAUGAACAGAAAUCUCAGACUUCACCUCCAAAGGACACCCUAGAUGCACUCAAGGAAUCUCAAACCAAAGGCAAAACCCCUACAACAAAAGUCACUGAGCAACAGAACACCAGGACGAGAGAAAUUACACAAGAGCCAGUAAGCCAAUCCAAAGCCGAGGCAUCACAAGUCACAAGAUGCGUUAGACCAGUGAUAAAGGAAGGCAAGGAAACCACAAAGGAAGAGACCAAUGAAAUUUCAAACAAGAGAGAAGAACCUGUUUCUGAGAAUGUUCCAAGGAGGCGUGAAGGGAGGACAGAAGACAGUACAAGACAAAAGAGUCCUUCAUCAGAUAAGGAAAAACAAGAUUCUAUUCCAGAUAAAAGACAAAGGAGAAGAGAAGAGAGCAGAACAGAACAUAAGGAGGAACAGCAGAAAUCCAGUCCAGCAGAUGCUUCAGAGGGUAAACCGUCUCCUAUAUCACAAGGUGAACUCAGACGGAGGAGAAGAGGAGAAAGCAGACAAGAAAAUGAAAUGCAGCAAAGGUUAAGUCCAACAAACAGUGAUAUAACAGAGGCCUCUCCUAGGACAAGUGAAGUGCGUAGGAGACCAGAAAGCAGAAGUGAAGGCAAGCCACAACAGAUGCUGAGUUCAACAGACCUUAACAAAACUCAAACAACCAGUGGGGUUAGACGGAGAUCAGAAAGCAGAAAAGGAGAAAUACCCAGCCCAACAGACAUUAAUCUGUCAGAAGAGUCCCCUAAAACGUACGAAGUUCGGCGUCGGUCAAGAACGGAGGCAAAGACACAUGAUGAUUCAUCAAAAGAGCCGUCUUUGACGAAUGCUCAAGGGGAAAUCAACUUCAUCGACGACCCACCGACGCCACAAGUGGUCAGACGACGGAGGCCAGAUACCGCGUCCACAGACUCAUCCAAGGAGAGCAAACCUGCAGGCCAUGAGUCCCAAGACGUGCCUUCAAGACGGGGUAGCGACGAAGUCAGUUCCCCGGAGAGAUCCUCCCCCGAGCUCGAAAGUGCUCUCCCAGGUCUUGCUUCCAGUAAGACACUCUGGAGAUGUAGUACUUAUGAGACGAUGAGUCUUAGUGACUAUGACAACCUCGCCUUUAUGAUCCGCAAAUCGCGGAGUGCCCCGGCGUGCCCGGAUCGAAGGCGAAGGAGGAAGAAGCAAGACCUUUCGGGGAGCAUCGAGUCUUUGGAUCAAGCCAAAGGGGAGACUCCGGCAGCUGAGUCUUCGACUGGAGUUUCCCCUGGGAGUGAGUCCCCCCAGACCGACGAGUCUCACAGCAAACAAGGCGAGAGAUCCCCUGGUUCCCCACCCAAGGCGAACACUGGAACAACCACAACAAAAUCAAAGACAACAACCACACCCCCAUGCACCACCCCCCCACCCCCAACGCCCACACGAGACAAUUCCCAGAGGAGGCCGUCGAGCCGCACACAGCCAACCAUGCAUGAGUCUCCUCCUUGCAAAGCCGAAGUACCUGAAGUCCCUUCACCGAGACAGUCGCCAGAGCCCUCUAAGGUAGUAAGGUCUCGUAGUGUCACUAACAGUAGCCGAAGGAGCCGUGACCGGGACUCACCUGCUGCUCCGCCUCGAACUAGAGACCAAACAUUGCCAAAACAGUCUGUAGAUACUCAAGUUGCUGACCAUAGAGCAGAGCAGAGUUCUUCAUCUUCCACUAACGCAGUUCAAACGUCAACUAACACCGCUUUGUUAUACGAUCCAGAUAACAAAGAACGCCGUAAAAUAGACUCACCAGCAACUCAAGCCAGGCCAAGCCAAGUGCCGCCUGUCCAACAAGGUUCCGGGAAGGCCAGGGACUCCAAGCCUCAGAGUGAGAAGCAUAAAGAGUUGUCUUCUUCGCUGGCUGGGAAGACUGACCACGUGAGAAAAUCCUCCUCCUGCAGUCUGAGUUGAAGCUGUCUUAAAAUUGGUCAUUUCGAAUUUAGCAUUACGAGACAAAUUCAGUUUUUAUUUACUGUUCUUUUUUCACUGUAAUAUAAAUCGUCGUAGAAAUACCCUCUUCACGUAGAAAUAGUUUUUUUUUAAAUUUUGUUUUUGUUUUUAUUUGUUCUGUUCAUAGAUGCCACGUAUAUAUAAUGUGUUUUUAUAUAUAUAACUGAUUUAAGUAAUGUUUACUUUUUAUGGGGUGAAAACAUUUUUUUCAAAAGAUCGUAGCCUUUGUGCACAUCUACCCCGAAAAAUAUGAAAAAGAUAUAUUUCAUUUUUUCCCAAUAUUUUUGAUUGGCCUUUUUUGUCUUUUUUGUGAUAUAUGAACAUACAGCAAUAAGUGUUUCUUUGUGGUAAGAGACAGCUUAUAUAGCCUAAUUUUGAAAAGGGAUUUUGCAUACUGGACCCACAACCUGAUGUCUGUGCAAGGAAAUUCAUACCAACUGACUGAAAAAAGAUACUCAGAGAAACUUCAUUCCAUCUUUAGAAUGCUCUUAAUUCCUCCUUCCUCUCACUUCCCCUCUACGCGUCCGUUGCCAUGACAACCAGUGCCUCCAAGGACCUCGACGCCAUGUGACACCCGACAGCUUUUGUAGUUUGUGAAGUAAUGCUUAAAAAGUACGUUUGUAUUGCGAACAGAGAGAAAGAAGAAAAAGUGAAUAAUUCUUAGACUUAGAGGACGACUUUGAGAAUCAGGAAACUAGAAAAUCCCUCAGAAAGAGGAGUUUGGUCUCCUAGUUCCUGUGUCUUUACAUGCGUAUGCUCAUAUGUAUGUCAUCCUCACAUAUACACGAAUAUAUGCAUAUUCUUUAGAAAUGCAGAAGAAACUGGAGAUUCUUGUCAUGCAUAUAUAUAUAUAUUCUUUUCUUUCUUUUCUAUUUUCUCCUUUAACACUUCACUCACAGUUUGAGUUAUUUAAAAAAAAUAAAACAUGUUCACGAUUUCCAAAUAUUGCUGAAUUAUAUCUAGUAUAUGAUAUUAUUAUGCUUUUACUUAAUGCACUAUUUAUUAUUACUACUGUUGCUAGCAUUAUUAUUUCCCAUCGCAAAUGGCGCAACCCCCACCCCCCCUUAUCAAAUAUAUGAAACAUAUAAAAAUGCCGUUUCUCUUUUGUUUUUAUCAUAUUGCUCUCUGUAUAACUCACCUUAUUGAAAUCAAAGAUACAUCGUAAGUCAACAACCGUCUUUUGUUCUAAACUGUUGGUUCACUUUUUUUAUAUACAAAUAAUUCUGAGAAGCGAACAUGUGACUUUGGAAGACAAAUUCCUCUUCCUCUUCCCUUCCUCCUUUCCCCCUCUUCCUAAUCUUAUUCCUGCUCUUUCCAUACCCCAAUUUUCGUUCUCCCCUUUGCCCUUGACUGUGAAUAAAAUGUGUAGAGACAUGGAUGUAUAUAUAUUUUGUCUUUUCUUCUUCUUCUUUGCAAAUACAGCCCUCUCUGAAAUGGUUCUUUGCAAUUGAAAAUGACUCACUAUAUCAUGUCCUUGUCCAAGAUGUAAGGUCAUUAAAAGUGAAUUUAAAAAAAGGCAAAACCUACAUUGUUUUGUCCUAAGCGUGAGAUAUUGCAAUGAUACUGAUAUUGCAACAAAGGAAUUAUACAUAAAGCUAAAACAAUUUUUUUUUAUCCCUUCUUCAAGAAACAGGUACUUUACGUUAGCUCUUUGUAAAAUUGUUUAUACGUAGGAGAAAUUAUUGAUGAUUCUUUAUUUUCCUCGCUUGGUGUAUGGAAGGAAUCUGUCACAAAAGGUUGUCUUGUGAUAUUGUAAAGUGGAGCCUUUUUUUCCUCAAUACAUGGAAUAAAUUUAUUUGUAGGAGA